UCUGCCGCGCUCCCCCAGCCCGCGAGGCCGCGCGCAGGCGGGUCCCGCGCUGCCCCGCGGGAGGGGCCGAGCCCGUGUUCCUCCUCCCUACCGGUCCCCAUCCUUAAAGCACGAGCCCGGACGCCCCGCCCGUUGGAGACGGCGUCUGGAUCUGGACAGCGAGCGGCCGGGGCGGGCCACGGCCGACCGAGGAGGGCCUGAGGCAACGGACCCGCCGCGGCUGGCACACGAGCCUCUCGGCCCCGACUGAGUGGUUGCGGGAGCUGUGAGGGAAGGGGUCGCGGGCGCCAUUGCUGCCCGUCAGAACGCCGCAGGGUCCCCGUCAGCCCUCGGCUGCUCUACCCCGGCUGGGAGGAGCCGUCGCCAGUCCCUGGCCCGGUCUCGUGAAUCGGGUGCCUCGUCUGCCGCCCGCGCCGAGACCAUGUUUGACAAGACGCGGCUGCCGUACGUGGCCCUCGAUGUGCUCUGCGUGUUGCUGGCUUCCAUGCCUAUGGCUGUUCUAAAUUUGGGCCAAAUAUAUCCAUUUCAGAGAGGCUUUUUCUGUAAAGACAACAGCAUCCAGUAUCCGUACCAUGACAGUACCGUCACAACCACUGUCCUCAACACAGUGGGGCUUGGUUUACCCAUUUCCUCUAUGAUUGUUGGAGAAACCCUAUCUGUUUACUUUAACCUCUUGCACUCGAAUUCCUUUAUCAGGAAUAACUACAUAGCCACUAUUUACAAAGCCAUUGGAACAUUUUUAUUUGGUGCAGCUGCUAGUCAGUCCCUGACUGAUAUUGCCAAGUAUUCGAUAGGCAGACUGCGGCCUCACUUCUUGGAUGUUUGUGACCCAGACUGGUCAAAAAUCAACUGCAGUGAUGGCUACAUUGAAAACUACAUAUGUCGAGGGAAUGCACAAAAAGUGAAGGAGGGCAGAUUGUCCUUUUACUCGGGCCACUCUUCGUUCUCCAUGUACUGCAUGAUGUUCGUGGCACUUUAUCUUCAAGCCAGGAUGAAGGGAGACUGGGCAAGACUCUUACGCCCUACACUGCAAUUUGGUCUUGUUGCUGCGUCCAUUUAUGUGGGCCUUUCUCGAGUUUCUGAUUACAAACACCACUGGAGUGAUGUGUUGACCGGACUCAUUCAAGGAGCUCUGGUUGCAGUAUUAGUUGCUGUAUAUGUAUCAGAUUUCUUCAAGGAGAGAAAUUCUCCUUUUAAAGAAAGAAAAGAAGAGGACUCUCAUACAACUCUGCAUGAAACACCAACGACAGGGAAUCACUAUCGGAACACUCACCAACCUUGAAGGUGGCAGAGUGCCCAGAUGAAGCUGGCCUGCUUUCUAAAGGAAAAUGAUUGCAACCAGAAGGCAAGAGGAUGCGUCCUUCUUCCCAGUAUACAAGCCUUUAAGGGGACUGCUGCUACUGUAACUCUUGGAUGCCCACUUUACCUGUGUGUAUAUAGUUACAUUUAACACAAUGGUUAUCUAAUAGCUCUAAGUUCAUUACAAAAAAUUUCAAGCCUUUCACUAAAACAAAUGCCCCACCUGUACAUUUUUUUAUUAAAAAAAUGUAAUGCUUA